AAAUGGGUUUCUAGCAGUCCAGAUCUGUCACCUAUUGAAACUUUGUGGACGAGAUGAAAAAGGUUCUACGACAACAUCCUGCUCGUAAAAUCACUGAACUGAGACAAAAGCUUCAAGAAAUAUGGGAUUGUUUUACACCAAAUUUUUGCUAAAACUUGGUUAAGAAUUUCAGCCGUAAUAAAAAAUAAAGGUCUAAGUGAUUUCAAAUAUGUAUUUUUUAC